GAAGGACUCCUAUACAAUCUUUGCGUAGCACAUCUCUAACGCAAAGUACAUUUUCCUCGGGACUGUCGAUAUUCGUGAAAUAAAUUGUAAAUUGCUUUUUACAAAAUGCUAUCGCGCGUAGCUUUGCGUUCAGCUGCAGCUAGGCAGUCCACAGCUCUGGUGGUACGAGGCUCUGCCACAGAGGUUGGUGGUGCUCGUGAUGAGCAGAACUUCCCCAGGCCCGUCCGUGGAGAGCCCGGAAAAGUCAGACUUGGCUUCCUCCCUGAAGAAUGGUUCCAGUUCUUCCACUCGAAGACUGGUGUAACCGGACCCUACACGUUCGGAGUUGGUCUGGCCACCUACCUGUGCAGCAAGGAGAUCUUCGUCAUGGAGCACGAGUACUACACCGGUCUGUCACUCGCUCUGAUGGUAUACAUCGCCGCCAAGAAGCUCGGACCUCCCCUAGCCGCGUACUUGGACAAGGAAGUUGAUGCGAUCGAGACCGAAUGGAACGAGAGCCGCACAGACUCCAUCAAAUCUCUGGAGAAUGCUGUCGAGGCGGAGAAGACUGCUCAGUGGCGCGCGCAAGGACAGGAGCUGCUCAUCCAGGCCAAGAAGGAGAAUGUUCUGCUGCAGCUGGAGGCCGCCUACAGGGAGCGCCUCAUGAACGCUUACACUGAGGUCAAGCGCCGCCUGGACUACCAGCUCGAGAAGUCGAACGUUGAGCGUCGCCUAUCCCAGAAGCACAUGGUUGACUGGAUAGUGACCAACGUGACCAAGGCCAUCACCCCCGACCAGGAGAAGCAAGCCCUCGACCGCUGCAUCGCCGACCUGGCCGCCAUCGCCGGCAGGAAGUGAAGCGUAGAAUAUUUAUAACAAAUUAUGUAAUAAAGUAAUAAAUCAUCGUUCGAGUUAGUUUACUUGAGUUUCCUUUAUGAGUCUGAGUAGAGGAGAUAAAAUAAAAAAGGAGUCAUA